AUGGGAUAAUAAUAAUCACAUCAUUUAUGCAAUGAAAGCAAGAAAUACGCUAAUUAGGUGGCAAAAUAUGAAUUAUUAUCAAAGAUUUCAAUAACAUAACCAGAAUUAUGCUAAGCAAUUGCAAUAAGUUAAGAUAACUAGUUAGUAGUUGCUGCUUGUAAUACUGCCAUUAAAGUUUUUGAUUUCAGCAAGGAAGUACUUAAACCAAUAGUAGUUUUAAAUGAGCAUUCAGGUUAUGUUGAUACCUUGAUAUUCAUGCAUCAAUCUAAUUCAUUUAUAUCAUCAAGCAGUGAUAAUUCGAUUAUUAUCUGGUCGCGUACUUCGGAUUAAAAAUAUAUUAGCUAACAGAAAUUAUUUGGUCAUACAUAUUACAUUAGAUGCUUAAUUUUGAAUAUUGAAGAUAACCUCAUAAUUUCAAGUGGGUGUGAUAAUACAAUUAGAAUUUGGAAAAUGGAUAAAGAUUGGAAAUGCUAGUAAAUAAUUGCCGAUCAUUCUAAUUGGGUGUUUGCUCUUAGCUUAGAGGAGUCAUCAAACACUUUAAUAUCAUGCGGCCAUGAUAAAUUCAUUUUAAUAUUCAGAUAUUCGAAAGAGCAUAAUCUAUGGAUUUAAAUUCAAAGAAUUUAAACAGAGACAGGGGGUUUUAGAUUAUCUUUUACUUCUGAAAAUUGCUUUUCAUUUCAACCACUUCAAAAAGGUCUGCUAUCAUUUUUUAUUAUAAAUGAUAAAACUUAAUUAUACUAGAAAAAAUAUGAUUUAUAAAUUAAUGGAUGUGAAGAAGAUGUCUGUUAUUUUCCUUUAUAAUAUUUACACAAAUAAUAGAUAUUAAUAGCCAAAAAUGGAUGUUCGAUAAAUAUUUUAAAGAAAGAUGAAACAUAACAAUUUAAAUUAGAUCAUUCAAUAAAAUUUUAACAUAAUUCUCUUUUUGGUUCGAUGAGUUCAAAUGGAUACUAUUUAAUAACCUGGGAUAACCAAUAAAAAUAAUUGUAAGUAAGAAAAGCAAUUGAAUGA